AUGACAUCUCUGGAUUUUAGUGCAUUUCACGAGAAAACUACGAUUUUUUCCGUGGCGAAUCAAGCCUUGAAGCUUACCUCUGCCGAAGACAUCGAGCCAAUAUUGAAAGACUUGACAAAAGUUACGAAAGUUACCAAACUUGACUUUUCUGGUAACACAAUUGGCGUGGAAGCCUCAAAAGCACUGGCGAAAACUAUCGCUGAGAAUGCAGCAAUUAAAUCCAAUCUGAUCGAAAUCAAUUUCGCGGAUUUGUACACUUCCCGCUUAGUCGAUGAGGUUGUGGAGUCGUUGAACAUUUUUGUUCCUGUAUGGCUUUCAUGCCCUCAAUUGAGCAUUGUUAAUUUGUCUGAUAAUGCUUUUGGUCUCAGAACCAUUGAUUCUUUGGAAUCGUACAUUUCCCAAGCAGCCCAAUUGCAGCAUUUGAUUCUAUCUAAUAAUGGUAUGGGUCCAUUUGCCGGGGAAAGAAUCGGCAAAGCUCUGUUCAAGCUAGCCCAACUAAAGCAGUCAAAGGGGAAACCAUUUUUGGAAACUUUCAUUUGCGGCAGAAAUAGACUCGAAAACGGUUCCGCCACUUAUUUGGCGUUGGGUCUCAAGGCUCAUGGUUCUGGCUUGAAAACCGUCAGACUCUACCAGAACGGAAUUAGGCCACAAGGUGUUGCAGUUCUGAUCAAGCACGGUCUUAGCAACAACAAGCAUCUCCAAGUGCUAGAUCUGCAAGAUAACACAUUCACUACCAGCGCAUCUUUGAUCUUAGCCGACACUUUACCGGUAUGGAAAAACUCUCUAGUCGAGCUUAACGUCAACGACUGCUUACUGAAGGGACCAGGUGCUGAUGCUGUAAUUCAGGUUCUAAGGGAGCACAAGUUUGUCAGUCUCCAUUCCUUAAAAUUGCAAUACAAUGAACUUACCCAGGACACAUUGAUUUCUAACUUACUUCCAGCCGUACAAUCUACAAAUCUACCGGCCCUGAAAUUGCUGGAGCUCAACGGUAAUAGAUUAGAAGAGGACUCUGACGCCUUGACCGAAUUGGAAGAGUCUUUUGAUGGCAAGCUCGACGAACUCGAUGAUCUGGAAGAGGUGGACAGCGAAGAUGAAGAUGAAGACGAAAGUGAAGAAGAAAGCGAAGAAGCCAUGACUGUUGCUGAUUUCGAAGCCAUCGAAAAAGCAUUCACGGAGUUGCAAAUUGACGAAGUAACCGCCGAAUUGGCCAAAGCAUCCAUCUAG